AUGCGUUUCUCAACCAUCAUCGCCGCCACCAUUCUCGGUGCUGCAAACAUGGCCUACGCCGGCCACAACUGCAAGUGCCAGGACCCAUCUGGCACUGGCCCCCAAUGGGACGGCCUCACCCAGCAAGUCUGCAAUGAGCAGUCGGCUAGCCAGAACCUUAUCUGCGGAACCAACAUCAUUUACCAUCCCCAGGAGCACCAUCAGUGCACUAGCUCCCUCAACUGCCUUAACAGUGGCGCUUUCAACGACCGUUGCCGUCAGCUUGGCGCUCCUGGUGCUUAUUGCUGGGGCUAG